CAUAUAUGCUGGAAGCUGCCCAGAGCGGCUGGGGCAACCCAAUAAAAUGUGUGCGGGAUAUAAAUAGCAAAAUUAUCAUUAUGGAACAGGACAUCCCUAUUUUCAUUGGAUAAAUGUUGGAGGGUAUGUACAAUCCCUCUCAAAUGUGAUAUCCAGCAUUGUGGUUCAGCUCCCUGGUUUUCCAGAUGGGUGAUGGAACUGGUUGACUAACUACUUGAGCGCCAGACGCGAGUAAGGGGAGACAAAGAAAGGGGAGAGGACAAAACUGUAAAUUCAGCUGUGUUACAAAAAUGAGAGGAACCUUAUUUCUUUCAUUGUGGAAAAAUAAUAAUAAUAAUAAUAAAAUCUUCCCUCCCGGCUAGAAAUUUCCUUAAUUUCCCUUUGCAAGCCUAUUACUCUAAGCCCAGCAGCUCUGAUAUUGUGGGAACAGGACAGUCAUGGCAUCUUAUAUACACUCCUGCCUGUGUCUCCUAUGCUGUUCCAUUUCCUGGUUCUUGAGUCCAUCAAAUGGAGGCAAAACCAUGCCAAGGAACCACAGGAAAGUGCAUGAUAUAUGUAGCGUACUAGAGCUGCACUUUCUCAUACCUUUGACAUUGUGGCCCAGUUUGACAGCCUGACCACUGCUUAAACUGUUAAAUAACAAUGCAACCCCCCCUGUUCUGCUUAGAAGUAUGUUUUCCACCAAGAUUCGCAGCUUGUCAGGCAGCUGUUUGGCAGUAACUGGUCCCCUUGUUAAUCCGCAGGUAAUUACUGUAAUGCCAAUUGCUACAGGGUAAACUUUACACAGUAAAGAAAGGUAGCUGCUAAUUACUCAUGAGUAAUUACCCUUCUAUAUAACAGUUGUAGACUGCAUGCAGUAUUCUAUCUAGUCAAUCUAGCCUAAGACCACUGUGAUCUUUGCUAAACUGCCCAGUAGCCACAGUGGCAGGUGGACAUAUAAUUCUGCUGAGUUCAGCUGAAGGAUACAAUCAUGCCAUUAGUCAAGUCAGUUACUAGUUAAAUUUGUUCCAAAACAUAUCUCAAACAUAUACUGCUUGGUUCUUUCAAGCCCUUGGCUCUAUAAGAAGCCAAAAAACCCCAAAACUCUGUUUCCCUAGUUUAUUCCCUGACCAACACAAAGUGGGGGUGCACAUUUCAAAGGGACAGAGUGUUUUGCCAUAUUGCAGCAGCAGAGAACUUAUAACUUCUUUAUGCUUCUUCAGUAAACUGGCCCUUUAACUCUGGUGCUCUACUGCUGAAGUUGAAGCUCACGGCCAGGUUCAUGCUGUUUUAGGAAAUUAGUUAUCUAUCCUUCCUACUGUCUUGAGAAAUCAUUGUUUUCAACCUGCUGAUUACUAUAUUUUUUAAUUGUCACAAGCUGCUUGAACCGUGUAAAUUAAGAUUCCAGUUUCUUAAUGUUAUGUGGGAAAAACAGAAUUUCUAUAGAACAACCAAAGCAGUGAUAAUACAUCUAUAUCUCAUAUGACUCACCAGUCAGUGGUUCUUAUGGAGUUCAUGCAAUAUGCUAAAUGCUUUCCCACCCCAAUAUGUCGAACUGUUCUGUAGCUUUCCCAAAAAAGGAAAAAAAGGAAAAAACCCAAACCCUGCCCCUCUCACCCAUACAGCUAAGAGGGAGCACACUUAGCAGGGGCAGAAAAUAUUUGCAAACUGCAUGCCCCUGUUUCAGGUCACUGCUAAUAUGGUGUUAAAUUAGAAGCUCCUCUUACAAAUUCAGACUUAGGGCACUUAAAAAAAAAAGUUAAUCAAUACUUCAAACAAAUCAAUUACCAGAUAGCAGCUAAACUGCUCUACUGCAAUCCUGUCCUGGUAUCGCUUGCAUGUUCCAACUGUGUACAGCUCUCAGGCAAGGCUUGUAACAUUUCCUCUUCAUGAAUGAUCAUCUGUGCAACCAGCAUAGAGGCAUUAUUCCAAGAAAAUGUUAAAAGGGACAGGGAGAUAUUAAGGGAUGAAACUAAAGCUGAGCCUUAAAGUGAAAGGAAACAAUGGCUUUGACAUACAUUUUUACUUUGACGAGAGAAACAGACAAUGACAUACCAUAUUGCAGGCUAAUUUAUAUCUUCUUCUUUUUAAAAAGUCUUCUAAAUAGCCUAAAAUCAAGAAGAAUGUGUUUUCUGGAAGGCCGUCGUGAUUAUUGCUGACAAUGACUCACAACAACAACAACACUGUGAUGCAAUCAAAAAAGGUAACCUUUCCUUUGGUAGAGCAAACCUGUCAUACAGUAUUUUCACCAAUGAUGUGCUUUUUCCUUAAAGGAAGGCGGGGUUACAACUAAGUAUCAGGGCAAUAAAAAAGGGGGUCUUAUGUCAGGGACAUUAGAAGUCAGUUAACAAAAGUAUAUGUUCAGGCUGAGCUGAGAGGGCUCUCCCCCCGCAAAGCAUUUAAGUCUGCUGAAAUUGAACUGCUGGUUGCACAAAGAAGAAAGCAGACAGUCAUUAGGAAGUUUAGAUAUAAACUCAAGAGCGAAAGAACAUUUUCUUCAAGCUGGCCAGCAAGCCGAGUUUCAAGCAGCAUGAAUCCUCUACUCAGUACCUUGUUAUUUUCACUGCUACUUCUUCUAACCCUCAGAAUUCAGGAGCUUAUAGAGGCUUGCAGCUGUGCCCCUGCACAUCCACAGCAGCAAAUCUGCGAUUCGGCUUUAGGUGAGUCAUAAACACUAUACACUUUUUAUGCUGCCUGUAAGAAAUCAACUAACGCUAGAUUAACUGUGGGCAUACUUCUCUGCAAACCCUUUAGGGGCUCAUAUCCAAUAAUGGUUGUUUGGGACUCUGAAGAACUGGUUACACACAAAAAAGAUUUCAAGAAUAAUAUUACAAAAGCAUCUGGAAGCAGUUGCUCCCAUUUAUUUUUGCUUUUCAGUUUUCUCUGCAAUGAUUUGUUGUAAUUGGUGGCUGAAAUCCUUUAUGGGUUUUCUUCAUGAUGAUUUUCUGAGCAUUAGAUUCUGACAUUUAAUAUGUAGAAUAAUAAGGAUGUGGGUUAUAUGUGUUCUGUGGAGGGCUUGUAGGCAUUCUGUUUGUUACACUGCUUUCUAAAUAGAUAUUAACAUUCACUUAUUUUUAAAGAUAAUCUGCUUUUUAUCAUUUUAAAUCGAGAAUGUAUCAUGUUCAAAACAUGCUAUUUAAAAUUGUGUAUGGCUGAACAUUUCUGCAAAAUACUCUAUAAAGGCUAAGUAUAAAAUGCCUAGUUUUAUUACUAAGUAUUCGAUCUAUAUAUUUAAAAAACUAAAGUUUUACAAUUAGAGAAUAGGAUAGGAAAAUGUGACUUUUGUAGUCUUUUCAUUUUCAGCUUGAGCUGUGGCUAGUUAGCUUCCAUCCAGAGUGAACAGUAAAUGUAGAACAUGAGUUUCUAAAAUGUCACAAAAUUAGCAUCUCUAUGGGAUAGGCAAUACCUUCUGCAUACUGAUUAAUUGCUUUCAUGUGCUGACAGAAAAUCUUUGUAGCCAUGACAAACUCUGUUUAAAACCAUCAAUUAAAUUGUUUCUUAAUCUGGCUGUGUUAAGUAAUGUUUUCAUUAAAUUACGUACACCAGACAUGACAACCUAGAAUAAUGUGAAGUAUAGGAAAAAGUACCAGCUAGUGUUACUUCAGUUAAACAGCUGUUAAAUGCGUAAAAGAAAGCAGUAUUCAAAAUGCAUCUGAUACAAUUCUGGUGCAUGACACUGCUCUGAAAUGUGAAAUAUAUUCACACAGAUAUUGUGCUGAUGACCAGUUUGAAACUAGGAAAGAAGACUCUGACACCCGACAUGUUUAGUAGUACAUUAAGCGUCAAUCUAAGGGGGAGGAUCCCUCUACACAAUUCUUCAAAUACCUUUUUCUAGGGUUUGAAAACCAAGCAUGCAAAACACUAACUUGAUCCAAGUGCGUGCAUGACUUAAAAGUAAACUAAUAUCUCAGUUGCUACAAUGGAGCAAAAUGGAAUGUUUAGUUACUUAACAGAUUUAAUUCUCGAAGUGCUUUAUAUGGGCAACUAAAAACAUAACUGGGUGCAUAUUUAAUCUGGGCUACUGAACCUUUACUUACUCAGGUCUUUGGAGUGUUAAUGUGACAGGUGGCUGGGGAAAGCAAAGACCAUCCAGUUUUUCUAAACAGCAUAUAUAACUACUGACUAAUGUGAACUGCAGAGAAAGAUCUUAUGCUUGCUAUUAUACCUACUAAUAAUAAACUCAGCUGGUGAAUACUGGCAGGAUUCUAGCCAAAAUGGGGCCACUAAGAAACAAGAGGGAUGUAUCAACAUUCUCGAAGAAACCUCAGAAGCUCAAAAAAUAUUUAGCAAAAAGAAUUGAAGGGGGCCAAAGCACACCCACUCAAAACAGACCAGUGAGAAUUGAGCAUGCUCAGUAGUCACAUAAUGCUGCCUGAGGUGGUAGUAGGAAAAUGAGGAGGAGGGGAUGGAAUGCUGAGCAGAAGCACUAAGCGCUGCAGCAUUUUGUUGUAGGUCCUUCCUGUAAACAUUGUCAUUUAUACUUAAGGCCAACGCUCAGAAAGCAUAUGGAAGAAUGCCACCUAUGAAUAAGGUGCUUGCUUGUGAAGUAUGAUCAAAGAAUUGUGAAUGUUUCCUAUACCCAGGGGCUAAUCUACUAUGAAACAAAUGAAGCUUCAGCGACUUUAUUCAUGCAUGUAUAUAACAUCUCCCUAAUUUUUACCAGUCCCCCUCCCCCAGAAAUAACUUGAAAACUAUAAGGCAUAGGAAAUAUUUAUCCACACCAGUGACUUGUGGGAUAAUCCAGUAUAGCAAUUUUAAUCAAAAUCUGAGAUACAGUAGUUAAUUUUUUUUAAUUGUGGUGAUCUAUCAUGGAACAACCCCACUGAAGAAGAUAACAGUGGUUACCCAGAUCUCGCUGCUGGUUGCAAAGGGGUCCCCACAACAGCUCAAACUUCAGGGCCCCCCAAAUGUAGUUCUACUACUGCCUAUACCUGCUGCCCCCUUUUCCAAAUCAAACAUGAGAAGGAAGCAUGAUAGAGGUUGAUAUUUGUAGAAUUCUCUUAAGACAUUAUAACUACUGAAGGAGCUCCAGUUGAUAUACUAUGAGGGAUGGAAGUGAUCGUAUGACUGCUCUUGUGUAGCUCUACUUUGCAAGAGUUGUGGGUUGUAAAAAUUCAGAAAUAUCACUUCCAUAGUCUGAACAUCCUUUUUACAGAGCAUGAAAAAUUACAGAAUGAUUACAAAAACAUGAAAAAUGGAAGUAUGACUGUGAAUGCAGAAUAGCAUCUAAAUAUGAUAAAUUCUUGGGCAGGGGUACCUUUACCUUUACCUUUACCUUUAUGAUAAAUUCUUAGCACCAGACUUUCACUUCUUUGAAAGUUCUUUACUAUUUUUAGUUCUAGUUAAGUUAUUAAUAACUGUUAACUUCUUUAUUGACUACUUUAUAAAACUUUUAUCUUGCCCUUCCAAUGCAUUUGCUUUGCUUAUGUCAGCCAUCUCAGAGGUCAGAAACAUAUACAUAUUUGUAUACAUUACCUAUUGUACAUACAGACCACUGAAGAAUGGUCAAAAUGUGUUAGGCUUAGUUAUACGCAGUUUGAUUUGAUCUUUUCAAAUAAGUAUUCAUUGGUUAUGUCAGUUUAAUUUGUUUAUAUUUAUAAUAUAAAGCUGCUUUAUAUACUAGUUUAUACUACUCUAUUAUGUGGUAUUUUAAUGUUCAGUUUGCAGUUUCUUUAUCCAUUGGGAUGUUCAGGGAAUCUCACAGCACAUAGUAAAUCAAUAUAAAAAGAAGAAAAGAAAAAAAUUGUUAUACUAAAGGUAUAUGAAAAUUGUGUUAAUGCUUCAGCUGUUCCUAUCUUUUUUUGCCAUUCCAUUUCUGCUCCUUUUUAUUAAUUUUGCUCCUUUGAAAAUUAUAUGUGAAUGAAGGAGGGUAUCCCAGGCACUGGUUAAAUCAACAGACCGUACAUGGGUGACCUUUGGCUAAUUCAGAACCCCUACCAUUCCCAAGAUGAAACAAGAAGCACUUUCAUUGUUGCAUUUGUCUGUGUGAUUAGUGGUUUUGCUGCUUUUGUUGCUUCAAGCUAUGCCUAGUUUCGAAACAUUCAUAGCUACUAAGUAGGCCCAAGUAACUUGGAAGAAAUAAACUGGUGUGCUGGAAUUGAGAAAUAUCAUAUGGGAUGGUGGCAGAAAACAAGUGCAUGCUUCUUAAACGUACGUUUGUUUCAGUAUAUGGCACCAAAAAUUCUAUACUGGGCACACAGUAGACAAUUAUGUUAUCUACUACACACUGUUUAUAUACCUUUAUAUGUGACCUUACAAAAUAACUUGACAAACUAGCUUCAAAGUAAUAAUUACUUUUCAGAACAUGAGCAUUAUUUUUUACCUCCUACAUCUUACCUCACACUUGAUUCUACUCGGAAGUAAAUUAGACUUUUAAGAGUUAUUGAAAGAAAUGGAGCCUACCUAUUGAAAAUUACAGAUACUGAGCACUGUAUUUGUGGCAAGAACCAUCUUUGCUCAAAGUAUAUUUUAGGAGAGAUUCCAGAAUUCAGGUAAAUGCGUCAAAGAAAUCAGUAAGCACAAAAAAUUAAGCAACCCACUGUGUGAGAACCUACACAAAUGGGGAGGAAAACAGGGGUUCAGGUCAGCAUACGAAGCUACAAUAUAUAGCAAACAAAGUACAACAAAUGUGUUCAUCACAGUGUACCCACUAUUACAAGGCAUACAGUGCAUACAAGCGGAACUUCAGACUUAUCACAACAAAUACAAUAUAACAAUUAGUAAUAUAUAUUCAUAUCGCCGGCACAAGGGAAUUCUUGAAAGCAGCGGAGCAGCUGUAGCAACAGACAGGACUAGAGGCUGGUGAUCCCAGUUUCGAAGAGAAACUCCUUCAAUUGGCAAUAUAAGAGAAAACUGUAGCAGCCCCAGCCAAACAAUAUAAUAUAAACUCUUCCUGACCAUGAGAAGCAGCCAUACAGAUAGAAACUGCCCUACCUCCUCCACCCCACUAUCAAGGCCUAACUGGAUGCUUUUUAAUGGACAGUAAGGAGAGAGAAGUUAUAUGCAUCUUCCAAGUAUCUAUUUAUAUAAAAUACUUAAUAUUUCUGGAAACAGAAUGUAUGUCUUAGUUAGUGAUGAUGGAUGCUUUCUAUUCCUCACAGAUAUUCCUCACAGGCUCUCAUAGAAUUUCAUGUUUAAUCUGGCCCUCUUCCAUGCUGAUGAAUUAAAUUUUGCAUAAAAUAUAAACUCUCUCAAAAGCUCAAUCCUUUGCACACUUACUUCACUUUUCAGUGAUGCUUACUCACAUGUAAGUGUGAAUAGAAUUGCAACAUCGAUGCUCUUUGUGUACAUGAUGUUGGCUCUCCUGAUGUUCUUAUGAUCAAGAGGACAAAUGGAAGUAAUAUACCACCCCCCACUCCACCCUUAGCUAACCAUAGCUUUGUACUGAUACAUUGUGGGGGUUUUGCAAACUACCUAGAGGAUUUCUAGACUCAAAAAUGAGGUAAUGAUGAUGAUAAUAUUAAUAAUAAUAUGAUGGUGAUAAUAAGCAGCUGCUGCAGCUGACACCUGUGGAAUAAUCAAUAUUUUCAAGACAUUUUUGCUCAGCCUGUGAGGAACUGGGAGGUCUGAGCUGUUGUUUAGAACAGGAGCAGCUUGACCCCAUGACCCCAUACUGGAGAAGCAAGUUCCUUUGCAGCAACAACCUAUGCCAUAAGCUUGGAUAGCUGGCCACACAACUGAAUUCAAAGCCCUUAAAGAAUAAUUAUCCAGCUUUCACGAGUGGCAGUAUAGUUCUCCCUUCUAUAAUUCAUGGCCACCAAGUACCUAGGAGUUAAUACUUUUCCUUUUUCCUUCUCCAAACCUUUAUUAGGCAUUACAGAUACAGACCAUCAUAAAACAUCCAUAUACAAAAAAAUUAAAAUAUAUACAAAGAAGCAGCCAUAUAAUAUAUAUACACUAAUAGAAAUGUAUUAAUACAUAAAUUCUACCUCCUGAACUUAAGAUGCUGGCCAUUCCUGCUUUAGGUCAUCCAGGGCUAGCCCAAGACAUUUUGCCACCUGAGACAGAGAGAAAGUGGCAGAACUCCCUUGCCUGGUCAUGCCAAUUUGUAUAAUACUCAAUACUGCCAGCAAAGGCGGUGGUGGUUGUUGUUGUUGUUGUUGUUUGCAGCUGAAGCAGAACAUCCCACAACACUCUGCCAGCACUCUGGCAAUAUAAAUACAGCAAUAAUACAUUAAAAUCUAACAAUAUGCUGCCCUUUCAAAAAUCUCCUGCCUGAGGUGUCACCUCACUCUCCCUUAUGGUAGGGCUAGCCUUGAGGCUCCUUCCUACAGGACAUCUACAUCAUUGUUAAGUGCAGUGAUUUAUAAAGCUAGAAGGAGCUAACACAUACCUUUUCUGCUGCAUAAUGCUAACUAACAGGCUUUUGCAAAUGUCCUCAUUUGCCACACAGCAAAAUGCAUUCUGUUUGCUCAAAGGAAGUGUGGUUUGGGGGCUAUGGAAGCAUGUUGGAAACAUUUUAAAAUUUCUUUUAUAGAGAAACUCAUGAACCUCAAUGAAUAAGAUCCCAGCGUCCUUGCCAGCAAUUUUGUUAUGAGUUCUGAAGCUCUGGAACUCAUUAAAAAAAAACCCUACUGAUGUAUUAAUCAGCAAACUUGGGUGAUCCAGUAUUUUACCACUGAAAGAAUACGAAGUAGCUAAUUUGUGUAAUUAUCACAGUUGAUAUUUCCAAACUGGCUACCAUUCAUCACACUAAUGAUGGCUGACUCCAGCUGAAAUAAGAGAACAGCAUACAGCUGAACACAAAUUGGAAGAGACAACCCAUACUGAUACACAGGAGAGCGACUUCAUCAUUACAAUUUUGGUUAACCAAAUCUUUAGGGGUCUGUAUUUUCUUCAUGACUGCAAGACAGAAAUAUCUAGAGCAGGCUUUUUACAAUACUACAGGAUGCAAAACAACAUUCUUUUCUUAUACAGUGGUACCUCGAGUUACAAACGCCUCAGGUUACAAACGCUUCAGGUUACAAACUCCGCUAACCUGGAAGAGUUACCUCGAGCUGAGAACUUUGCCUCAGGAUGAGAACGGAAAUUGUGUGCUGGCAGCUCAGCAGCAGCAAGAGGCCCCAUUAGCAAAAGCACACCUCAAGUUAAGAACAGUUUCAGGCUAAGAAUGGACCUCUGGAACGAAUUAAGUUUGUAACUAGAAGUACCACUGUAAAGCUGUCAAAAUAAAAUUUAAAAUACUGUGGCCCAUAGGUGGGAUUUUCUCAUCCAGUUUGGUUUCUUUGAAAAUGCAUCACCCAUCAGUAAAACUGCAGAUAUGCACAUAUUUCAGUUAUAUAAAAUUAUCCUCAGAGAAAGGGGGGGGGACCAGGGAGAAUUGACAUGGUCCACCUCUCCUUUGUUGAGUUUGGCAGAGUAGAGGGAGGAGCAAAAUAAUUUUCAGACUGUUGGCUCAGGGCCCAGGGAACAGGCAGGCAGGAAUAGCUACAGAAUUCCCUCAUUUAUCUAUCUCUUUUUGGUGAUGUCCACAUCAAACAGUAGAUGAUCAACCAUCUACCUGAUGCUUGAGACUUAGGUAGGAAUGGGCUGUGAAUAUUUUCUUACCAGUAGCCCAAAAUUUCUUUCAAGAGGCCUUAGUAUCCAAUUCAUUGGACACAAAAGUUGUUGGACAUGAUGGCAUCUAUGCUAUCAUCACAUGAGAAGUAGAUGAAAAAUAAGAGUAACUGCAGAAAAAUUAGUGAGAGAGAAGGAGAUCUUAAUCUUCUACCUGUUACCCCCCCCCAAUGUUAAAUACAUCACAUGACUACAAUUUUCUUUCACUCCUUUGCUGUAUUGCAAGAGAUGUUCGAGGGAGGAUUAAGGUGUUAAGACCUUGCAUGGGAAGGAAAGACUGAAUUAUCUCUUCCUAGUAAAGAGCUCCAGCACUUGUAUGGGCAAAGAGGAUAACAUGUCUAGGAAGAAGAGCAACUAUAUACAAACAUCCUUCAGAGCAGCAGUGCUGCUAUGCUAUUUGAAGGCUGCUAUACAUUGUUUACCUUGGGAACAGUUUCUUUGCCUAAUAGUAGUGAGGUGGGGCAAGGACAUCCAUUUUCAUCUGGUCACUGGUGGAAGGCAGCACACAGAAGCUUGGACUGCACAGCACAGAAAGCUGAAAUAUAUGUAGUUUACUGAGAGCGUGCAAAUAUGAGGGUACUUGGAGAGAAGUUUGCUUAUUGCUACCAACUCAUAUUGAACUAAUGCAAGAGCAAACCUGGGUUACAGCUUGUGGUUAGUGACUAGAGAGCUUAAGUAUGAGAACUCCCAAUUUGAACUUAAUGCUAUACCAAACCUUGGCUCAUCUUGGGACAGCAGUACAAAGGACAGAGAAGGAGCGAUGUAGCUAUGAGCUCCCCUUAGGAGUCCACAUAUUCCCAUCGUGAAGUCAUGUGAACCAGCCUGAUACAACAUCAGUACUGCCUUAACAGAAUUUGGUUGAAAUAUAGAUGUAAGCACUUGCUAUGUGAAAUAAUUACCAUAGGAGAACUCUAGUCUUAAUCACUUUCAUCUUCAUAUUAGCUGGGGGUGGGAAAGAGAAAUAGACUGUACUAAAUAUAACAGCAGCUGUGCUUUAUAGUAUAAAUAAUAUGUCACACUACAGAAAGAACAGGUGAAUAAAUUCUAAAAUGUCUGUCUUGCUUUCAUUUACUCGCAGUGAUUCGAGCAAAGAUUUCCAGUGAAAAAGUGAUCGCAUCAAGUGAAGACCCUCUUCAUACUCACAAAAUGAUUCGAUAUGAAAUCAAACAAAUAAAGGUACAUGAAAAAACUUGCUUAUUAUGAUGCUUAAAUGCCAUUGAAUACUACUACUACUCCUGGUCAGUUUUAUACUCAAUUUCCAAAGUGCACAUAAGGGUGCAACACAUACUACUUAUCUGGGCAUAAAUUCUGUUGAACUUCUGAUCAGACAUAUAUAAGAUUGUGCUGUAAUGUGAUUUUAUAGUUUCUGAAGUAAUCAUGUCUGAUCCAUGUUUAGGAGAAAUAUUUUUUGUAUUGGAAGUUGUAUUAGAAAACAACUAAUGGAAAACCAUAAUUGUAAGUACUUGUGUAAGAAACAAGAUUCAGGACAGAUUCAAACACUUUGCUUUGCAGAUUCUUGGAAACUAAUUGGUAGCCAGUGCAGCUAUGCCAGAAUUGGGGUUAUAUGUUCAGCCUGACCUGCCCCAGUCAACAAGCUGGCUGCCAAAUUCUUGCACCAGCUGCUUUUUGAACAGUCUUCAAAGGCAGCCCAACAUAUAACACAUUACAAGAUGUUACCAGAACAUCAACAACAGUAGUUUUAUAUAUAUAUAUAUAGAGAGAGAGAGAGAGAGAGAGAUAAAGAUUUAUGGUAUCAGAUUCAUUUUAUACCACCACUGGUAGGUGCUUGAGAAAGCCUAGGAUGAGAUAUUCCCCAACUAUUCGGUUUAGGAAUCUUAGGGUUACAAUGGUUGAUUCAGACUUUAUGGGAUUAUACAUUAAGAGUGGACACUGCAUGGGUUUAGAUGGUUCUUAUGCAUACUCCUGGCAGAAAAAGCUUUCUGAAAAUAUGUAUGAUGGAAAGAGAAUCUGUCUAAUCUACAUUUGUCUCUAAUUUGAAAGUCAGCAAUAAGUGUAAAGGUGUCAUUUGAUUUUGAUAAUGAGUAGUUCUGUAUAGCCAAUAUCCUGGUUCACCUGAAAGGUCAGGGUUGGAAGUCUGAGGAUGCUCUUAGAUCCAGCAUUGUUCCUUGAUACUCAGGUUGGGUCCACAUCCAGAGGAACCUUUCAUCACCUUCAACAGCUUCUCCAGCUGCAUCCUUUCUUUCUCUUUUGCAAGUGGCAGAAGGAAAACUUGGGGGGGAAAUCCCAUUGAACACAGAAUAGAACAUAUUUCAUGGUGUAGCUGGCAGUAGAGAAGUCUUUUCCACCUGCAUUGCAUCUGGGGAAUUCCAUUUAGGGCAGUUAUGAGGCUGGAGGAGCCUUGUGGUUAUGAUAUUUGCAAGACCAAUUCCUCCCAUAUCUGCGCUGACUUCAACACGUGCUUCGUGACAGUUUGUACUGGCAAACACUUAAGCACCCACAUAUCAUAUUUGCUUGGAUGAGUUCAGCAGAGAGCACUGCUACUGAUGAGCACAUUUUAUUAGGAAAAAAAUCAAGAUACAUAAACUUUUGAGUGGAAGAGCAAAAUCUGUGCUUUGUCUUAAAUGGUACUGUAAAGACAUAGCUGUCUUACAUGUUAGAAUAUUUAUAGACCUGAGACAUUCCUUUAUAGUUUCCAUCCCUUGUAAAUGGUAAUAAAAUAUAAAUGUGCGAAGAUAAGACUAGAUAAUUUUUUAAAAAGUAAACUUCAUUUGGAUAGAUAAAAUUCACUUGUGCUAUGUUGCGAUGGUUGGCCUAAAUUUAGAUCUGUUGCUAUGUUUUUUAAAGAAACCUUUCUGUUCAGCAUGUAAACUUUAGAUACAUAUUUUUCAGCAAUAUUUUGAAUUUAUAGCUGUUUACAGUUGCCAACACUUAACACAAUAUAAUAAUGGGAACUCAUUUACAGUUGCAUUUCAUUAACAAUUACUGAUGGAAGUCAUUUAGAAGGCGCAUUUCAUGAUUUCCUUUAAAAAAUAAUAUACAUAGGCUUUUUGUGUGCAUUGUUUAAGAAAGAAUUAUGACAUUCAGGGGUAGGCAACAUGGUGCCUUCCACAUGUCUUUGGACUAUAAUUUGAUCAUCCCCAGCCAGUUGUUGGAAAAGAUGGAAUUUGUAGUUCUAGUAACUUGCCCGAAUACUUUCCAUGUGAGCAUUGGACAAUAGGAAACUAAAAUGAUACUAUCAAGAACAGAGGCUCAGCAUAUAGGAAGGCCAAAACUGAAUAUGUCAGUUUUCUGAAAUUCAUACUAAAAACAGGGUUUAAUACAACACUAAAAUUCAGCCUUACACAACUGCCAGGCUAAUCAAGCAAAUAUUUGUGUGAAAAUUAUUUAUGUUAAACGUCGUUUAUUCAUGGUUCUGUUGCUAUGCAAAGUAGAAUUUCUAAACUAUAUGACUAAACAUUUAACUGCAGACUUAGCUAAUGGCUUGAUUAGCCUCCAAUUUAUAACUGAGGAGCAAGCUAAAGGGGAGAAGUUCCUACUCUGCUCUCCCCUAGCCCUCCCCUAGCCCUCCAAGAGCAGGAGUGCCAAUGUGAAUAAAAUAUUGUGGGGGCCCAGGUAAGCCCUUCUCCGGAUAAUUGAUCCCAUGAUGUGGCACACACACACAAUUUGAAUGGGAAUGCCCAUCAACUUUGGGGAAGCAUGGUCCCCUCAAAUAUUUUAUUGUGGGGGCCAAGCCCCCACAGCCCUUAGGAGUUGGCUACCCUCUGGACAGGAGUUUGCACAUACUGGGUAGUCAAGCCACAAAGCUGGACAAUCUUAUCUAGCUGUACUGCCACCCACCAUACCAGCAAGGUUUCAAUUGUAACCUCACAAAAAAUCUUAUUCACAACACUUUUUUCUUCCUUUUUCCUAAUACAGAUGUUCAAAGGAUUUGAAAAGUUGAAAGAUGUUCAAUAUGUCUUCACACCUUUCGAUUCCUCUCUCUGUGGGGUGAAAUUAGAAGCUAACAACAAGAAGCAAUAUCUCCUUACAGGUACGGUACAGAGAAACCAAGGCAGUACACAAAAUAUAUAUUACAGUACCAUGGCCAGUGGGAAUCAAGAGCUUAUUAUGCUAUUUAACAGUAUAAAUACUGGAGCCCAUAUAAAGCCAAAGUUUGGACUGUGCUGCUGUGGAAAACUUGAGUAAGUAAUAUGAUACAAAAUUAAAACAUUGCGCUCUUGUGGUUGUUCCGUCAGCGCAAGCAUUUCUGCUUGGCAGACAGUAUGAACCCCCCUCUACCUGUUUUUAUGGGAAUUCUCAUGACUCUCCAGCAUGGAUCUGGGGAAGCCAUAGCGGGAUGAGAGGGUAGGAAAGGCCCCCUUGUGCUGGCUUCCAAUAGCAUGCAGAAUUAGUGGAAUCUGGGCCAAUAGGCCCCUGCACCACCAGGCCCAGACAGAGGGUGGAGCCAUAUGGGCCACUUGGCCCGGACCUCCGAUUCCAAAGGGGGUCUCAGUCAGCCUAUUCACAAUCACCGGGGCUUUAUAUGCAGAUACUGUUCAAGCCUUGAAAUAAAAUUAGUUGCCAUCAUAACUUUUGUGAACAUUAUUUAUAUACUUACUUAUUUAUAAGACUACAGUUAUCCCCAGGGUAAAAAAAGGGGGGGCACAUUAUCUACCUGGCCCGGGCCUCUGCCUGGCUCUGCAAGGCCCUGUGCACCACCACCCAAACAGCAGAUUGGGCUAAUUGGGGCAACCUCCCAGAGUAGAUGGCAGUGGGCUUAGGAUGACAAGUUCUGUUGCACUUGUCUGCAUAUGCAGUGAUUUAGUUGGAUACAACCCAGAGAAAUUUCUGUUACAAUUGUACCCCUUGUUUUAAUUCAAAAAGUUGUCCUUCUUGCCAUUUCAGAUAUGGAGACAAAUUUGUAAACUACAGUACGAAAUAAAAUUUUAAAACUCAGAAAAGUCUGAACUGUGCCAUUACCUCCAAUAGUGGCUAUCACCGUGUCCAGGCCUGUGCAAGAGGGAGGUAGCCAGGUACACUUGCCCCAUGCCUUGGAGGACUAAGCCAGCUAACAGACUGGCUGCUUUUUGCUUAAGUUUAUAACUUUAUUCUAACAGGACUCCUGCCCUGGGCUUCAGACAAGCUCCGCAUUGGCCUAUGUCUAUCUGUUUGCGAUAUGUGACACCCCCCCCCAAAAAAACCCCAGUAGUUUCUAGCAGGCAAGGUAUACAGAAGAACAGUAGUUUGUAGUUAGGGCAUCUAAGAGAGGAUAGAAAUUUAAAUAAAUAACAACAAUAAAAACAGUAUCCUGAAGGAGACUCAGGAUGGGUCAGUGUUAUUCCAUUUAAUGGUGGGGUUACACAGCAACAUUUCCUUGCAGGCUCCAUGUAUUUAUUCAUUACGUUAAAAAAAAAAUUGCUUCAGCAAAUCUCAGGGUGACAUUCACAAGUACAGUGGUACCUCGGGUUACAUACGCUUCAGGUUACAUACGCUUCAGGUUACAGACUCUGCUAAUCCAGAAAUAGUACCUCGGGUUAAGAACUUUGCUUCAGGAUGAGAACAGAAAUCGUGCUCCGGUGGUGCAGCAGCAGCAGGAGGCCCCAUUAGCUAAAGUGGUCUUCAAGUUAAGAACAGUUUCAGGUUAAGAACAGACCUCCGGAACGAAUUAAGUACUUAACCCGAGGUACCACUGUAACUGAAGUUAAAAAGUAAACCACAUCAUUGAUGUGGAUUGUAUCUUUAGUGUUGGGAAUGCAAUUCUGAAUCCUGUGUUUUGAUGUUUACCCCAAUGCAGGACAGAUUUUAGAUGACGGUAAAGUUCUUAUCCAUUUGUGCAAUUACAUUGAACCAUGGGAUGACCUUACCUUCUCUCAAAAGAAAAGCCUAAAUCAGAGAUAUCAAAUGGGCUGUGGUUGUAAAGUAAGUAUACCUUAUCCAUUGGAGUAUCAUUGCUCUUUCAGACCUAUAGCACAAGAAAGGUUGAGCAAGGCAAUCUCUUUCAUUUGAGUAUUUGUUUGAACUCAUACGCCCAGGCAGCCAACAAGGGGCCCGCCAGCAGUUGUUGGGACUACAAUUCCCAUCAGCCCCAACCAGCUUGGCCAGUGAUCCAGAGGGAUGGAGGUUGUCAUCAAACAACAUGUGAAAAUCCUAUGUUGGCUACCCUGGAAUUAGCCUUCUUUGGCCUGCCUUUUCUCAUUAAAACUAAUAUGGGAUGAAUUCUGACUAGAAGGAAAAUAUACACACUAGUGUGUUAUACUCCCACAUCAAGCUGCCUUGGCUUGGGUGAUUCUUGUUAACCUGCCAUAUCUAGCACAACUUUUCUUUGUAUUUCCAUCUGAUCUCCUUGACAAUUUUCUCACCAGUGCUAGAUACUGCUGGAGAGAAUUAGAUGAAUAGGCCAUGUUUUACAUGAAAAUAUAUGUUUAUCAUAAAAACGGCGCAUGCACUCAAGGCUGGUUCCCGUAUUUCAUGUGCAUAAUGUAGAAAUCUGUCCUAAAGAUACAUGUGCAACAUCAAUACAAACUUCAUGACUCUAAGGGUCAGACUACAUGUUUAGCUUAAGGUGAAAUGUGCAGUUAAAUUUCUUGGGGUUUUUUUUACAAUCUUAGGAGGCCUCACUGCAAUACACUGGGAAGUUUAUCCUUUCCCUCCCCAGUUACAACUCACCCCACCCCCUGUGUGACUAGUAAAGGGUUAGCUGCUGUUAUUGUUCCCCCUCUGGAGCUUUCCCUGAAAAAAUCCACUCUUUAAAGCUCAACUGGAGCAAAUGGCAAUUUGCGGAACAUCUGAAUUGAUGUUUGCUCCGACUGAGUGCUAAAGAGUGGGUUUUCACAGCGAAAGCUCCAAGUAAAAAACAAACUAACCCACACACACUUGGACAAGAAGCUUUUAAGUGCAGCCUUUGCCUGGAAAGAGCUGAGCAAUAAAGAAGUGUGGAUAAGGUCAUAGCAGCAUAUCAUUAACAGAGCAUAAUAUGUAGUCUGACCAUAAGAACAACUUGCGCAAAUAAUGUUUUUAUGAUGUUUUGAAAAGUUUUUAUUUUACUUUUCACUGUGUUUAACCAAUUCCCAUUAAUUCUUCUUCCUCUUCAUCUUCCUCUUCCUCCUCCUCCUCUUCAUACUAAUAAUAUUUAAAAGAAGGUAACAUCUCACAGGAAACAAAAUGUGCAGUCAAAUAUAUAUUAAGUUGGUCAAUAUUGUCUUAUGAUCUAUGUUGAAGGAAUGCAUUCAUUUUGGGAUAUUAAUGUACUUUUCCAUGUUUAGAUUUCUACCUGCUACAUGGUACCCUGCUCCAUCUCUACACCAAAUGAAUGCCUGUGGACAGACUGGCUGAUAGAGAGGAAGCUGUAUGGUCAUCAAGCAAAGCAUUACGCCUGUAUCAAACGCAGUGAUGGAACAUGCAGUUGGUAUCGUGGUGGCCCUCCUCCAGAAAAAGAUUUUGUUGACAUCAGUGAACCAUGAAUCAUGUAAUUUCUUUCAAAGCCCCAGGGGGUUAAGUCCAUCCGACGCUGUGCGCUCACUGCUGCUUUGAACUUCCAACAACUGUCUCUUGCUUAGAAACAAAAGCAAAUUGUGCUGUGCAAAUAAAGUACAGAGGUUGUAGAAUUGGCAUCCAGUCAAGAAGAGAAAUGAAUCUCCUGGAGGUAGCACUCCUUGAUAAAACUUUAGAGAGCAACUAUGUGGAAGCACUUCUUUGUUCUUUAAUAAUAACAAUAACAAUAACAAUAAUUCUGUUUUUGAAAUCAAAAUGAAUGUAACCAUAUAAAACAAGAUUCAUCAAAAUUUGGACUCCUGUUAAUAGGAUGAAUUUACUCUGUUUUAUUUCAAAAUAGUACUUCUGAAAAAAAUGGAGUAGCAUGAGACAUAAGAGCUUCGACAGUAUGUAUAUUAUUACAGUCUGCUGUAAAAAGUCUGAUGAAAGAUUAUUUUUCCCAUUUCAGAUUAUUCAAGUUAAAUGUUUUGUGAGUGCCAUUUAAAAUGUUCUACUUCACUCUUCUGUAUGCUACUUACUAUGUCUCAUCUAGCCUUAUCUUUGUCUUGAAGGAUUUGUUCAUAACACAUAUUUGAUAAUCAAAACAGAUCCAGUGUAGCAGUCCAAUCAAUUGGAAUAUACUCUAAAACAGAAACUAAGGCUGAUUAUUGUAUUACACAAGUGUUAUGACAUUCGCAUCCCCUGAAUGAACACCAUGACAUUAACAGGCCAAGUAAACCCAACUUCAUACAUCUUAGAAAAAGAUAUUUUUCUUCUAGUGGUCUGAGAUGUAUGCGGUUCUCAAGUCUUGCUAACUUAUGCACAAACAAGCAAAAUGAAGGGAGCAAAACAUGGACAAAAGAGAAAGAUGGAUGAAUUGAUCCUAGGGCAUGAAAUGCAAGUGCCUCUUGAAGUAUUGUAGGGCAUUUCCAGAGAAGGCUCGAUAGAGUUUGAGAACCUUUAGCUUAGACUGAAACACAAAGCUAGGAUGAUAUGCUGUGGCCUCACACAUGGGGUGAAAGUAUCAUGAUCAUCACUUCAGUAAUUAUAGCUGUCCAGAUGCAGUGCCUGGAACUUAAGUAUUUUGAAAUAUGAUGGGACAAAUCAAGGACAGCUCAGGUAUAACGGCCUUUACUGAGUAUGCAAUUUCCUGGUUUCUUCAUGCAAAAUAGUUCUACAUUCAUAGAAUCUUAGAACUGUAAGGAAUCCUGAGAGUCAUCUAGUCCAGCCCCUUCCAAUGCAGUAAUCUCAACUAAAGCAUCCAUGACAGGUGGCCAUACAACCUCUGCUAAAAACCUCCAAUGAAAGAGUAUCCACAGCCUCCUGAGGGAGUCAGUUUCACUGUAGAACAGCCCUUACUCUCAGAAAGUUCUUCCUGGUGUUUAGCCAGAAUCUCUUUUCUUGUAACUUGAAGCGACUGGUUCUGGUCCUAACUUCUGGAGCAGGCGAUUAAAGAGGUGCUAACCUUCUAAUGAUAUCCCUUGAUGGUGAUCUGGCCACUGACCUGCUUGUAGUUCCUAAUUAUUGAUACCUAUUUUCUGUCCACCACCGUUUUAUAGCAGAAUUUGCACGGACUGCAGCUCAGUAAUACAACAUCUGCCCUGCAUGCAAAAGGUCCCAGGUUCAAUUCCCAGCAUCCAGAGGCAGCUAAGCAAAGGCUCCUGCAUGAUACGGUACAGAGAUGUUACCAGCCAGAGUACACAACGCUGAGCUAGAUGGUCUGAUUCAGUAUAAAACAACUUCCUAUGACCUAUGCAUUCACCCCAGCUCAUAAAUUUGUUUCUAUAGAUACACCAUAAAAGAGGAAGCAGGAACAAUGUUCUCCCUUGACCAUGAGCAUCUCUGACUAUUUCAUAAUCCAGUGGAGGUGCCACUGUUCUCCACCUGUUUUGCAAACUGCAUUAUGAGGCAGUGGGACAGAUCCAUAUGUUGCAGCCCCAGACACCUUUUAGGAUACAAUGGGACAUACUACUCAGUAAACAUGCUUAGGACUAUACUGUUAUGUAGAAACAUGCUAUGAAGGAUAUCUACUUCCUAAAACAAUGUUUAAACAGCUGAAUAUGCUAUAGUUUUUGCAGAAUGUAGAAGUCAACUUUUUUGUUGUACCACAACAAUUCCC